AUGCUCACACCAUGGCUCGAGGCCUUCCCCCGCACCGCGACGCCCUUUGUGCAGGAACUCGACGACCUGCUCGGGUACAAGCUCUCCGACAUCAUCCAGGAAGGCCCCAGCACCCGCCUGACCGCCACCCCCAACGCCCAGCCCGCCAUCAUGGCCACCUCGAUCCUCAUCCUCCGCAUCCUCGACAAGGAGUUUGGCUUCCGCCCGCACGAGCGCGUCGACGUCACGCUCGGGCACUCGCUCGGCGAGUUCGCCGCACUCGUGGCCGGCGGCUACAUCGCCUUCGAGGACAGCCUGUACAUGGUGCGCCGGCGGGCCGAGGUCAUGGCCGAGGCGACGCAGCGCGCGCGGCAGGAGUACGGCGGCGAGUACGGCAUGGUGGCCAUCGUCACGGAGCCGGACCACCUGCCGCGCCUCAUCGGCGCCAUCGACGAGUUCCUCGGCCACGGCGCCAACAGCGCCGGGAACAAGGCCGAGAGCGCGCAGGACGUGCCCCCCAUCGAGCAGGUGCUCAUCGCCAACGUCAACAGCAAGAACCAGAUCGUCCUCAGCGGCAACAUCGACCGCAUCAAGACGCUCGUCGCGCACGUCCGGCAGUUCCUCGGCCACGACCCCCGGGCCGUCCGCCUCAAGAGCGACAGCCCCUUCCACAGCCCUAUCAUGAGGCCGGCGGUGGCGACCAUGCGGCAGUUGCUCGCCGGCCAGAGCCGGGUGCCUGGUCGGCAACAUAUCGUACAGUUUCCCGGGCAGCUACCCUGCGUGAGCAAUGUAUCUGCACGGCCAUUCCAGAGCAAAGCGGAUCUAGAGGAUCUGCUAUCGCGGCAGUGUCUGGAGACGGUGAGAUGGUGGGACAGUAUCAAGUACUUGGAUCAACAAGUCAAGGUCAGGAGGUGGAUCGGUUUGGGGCCCGGAAAGGUCGGACGGAACCUUGUAGGCAAAGAGGUCGGAAUGCGCGGCAAGGACCUGGUCAAGGGCGGUGGCGUGUGGGCCAUCACGGACCCGGUUGAGAUCGAGGAGGUGUUGAAAGGGUUGGAGGAGACGGAGAACUUCAAUGACGAUGAAGAGUUCGAGGAGUCGGAGGAGCCUGUCCCUGUCACGAAAAGCGCGCGCAAAGUAGGCCGGGAUGGCUCUCAGCAGUCACGUCUGGACUUUUGA